GUUGUAGACAGUACUUUAUACAUUUUCUUAUAUCUCAUUAAUAAAAAUUAUUUUUUUAAAUAUUUAGUAAUUUUAUGAGUUGCUUAAUAAAGUAAUAUAAAAUGAUGAAUAUUCAUUUUAACAAUUUUAUAAAAGCACUAAAAAAUGUUGAACGCAUUAUUUUUCAUAGCAUGUUCGGGGGGCCACCAAAAGAAUUAGCUUUAGUUGGAAUCAAUGAAAGAACAUGUGAACCCAUAAAAAAAAUAUCAAUUAAAGAUAUUGCUGGAGAUGGUAUUGUUUUGGCUGUUCCCAAAUUCCGAAGAACUGUUGAAAAAAGAUGGAACAGGAAAUAUGGCUCACCAGAAUAUAUAUGGAAAAUGUUAGUGCCAAAAACUAACAUUAAAGUUUGUUCUGAAUGUGGUCAUCAUCAUGAGAAUGGAAGACUAUGUGGAAAUUGUUAUAAAAAAGUUGAGAUAGAAACUAAUGAAAUUAAAGAAAGAAUUCAAGAAAAAUUAGCAAACACUGCUAUUGACAAAGAUGUUGUAGUGCUGUAUGAAGGAGAAAAAGUGCCAGAUCAACCCAAUGAAUUUUGGAAAGGAAAAAGGAUAAUAGAGAUGAAAAAAGAAAGACCCCAAUGGUUCAGCAAGAAUCUACUACAGAAAUCAACUCAACAACCUUCUACCUCCACUGCUGUGAAACCAACGGAUCUGGCAUAAUUUUAAAAAUAUAUGUAUAGUUACUAUGUAGUAUAGAUAAUAGUAUUACAUAAAUUUUAAUGUUGAGUAAACUUAGGUUUUAUUUAUACUCACGAGUUUCUACCUACAUGGCUUUAUUUAUAACAUUAAUAAUAAUGU